AAUUUAGCCCAGUAGUAGUUCAGAGUGAGUGACUGGAAGAAACGUACCGACACACAUAGCCAGCGCAAAUUCUAUUAGAAACAUUUUCUCUGACCGGUCAUUGAGGUUUUGAAUACCCCUCUUCAAUCAACUGCGAAGACUGGACCAGUUGAUUUAUUUUUUCUAAUCUAUAAACUAAAAUUGGGCAUGACCAUGGGGGCCAGGCUGUGGGUGUAGCCACUGAGACAGCUGGGGGAGAGCGAGAGAGCAGGAAAGGCAAGCCAGCACCAGCCAAGCAGCCUGCACUCCCACUGGGGAAGAUGGGGGAGACAGAGGAGGAGAAGGACCAGGCAGGGAAGCUGUUUGAGAAUUUCAUCCAAGCCUCCACCUGUAAGGGCACCCUGCAGUCCUUCAACCUCCUGUGCAGGCUGCUGGAUCUAGACCCUCAGGACCAUGAGACGUUCUACUGUAGUCUGAAGACCAGGCUCACCUCCUGGAGGGCCAAGGCCCUCUGGACCAAGCUGGACAAGAGAACCUGCCACAAGGAGUAUAAGAAGGGCCAGGCUUGUGUGGGCACCAAGUGCCUGAUCAUUGGGGGAGGUCCAUGUGGCUUGCGGACGGCCAUCGAGCUGGCUCUGCUGGGGGCCAAGGUGGUGGUGAUUGAGAAGAGGGACACCUUCUCCAGGAACAACGUAUUGCACCUGUGGCCCUACACCAUCCACGACCUCAAGGGCCUCGGGGCCAAGAAGUUCUACGGCAAAUUCUGCGCUGGAGCCAUAGACCACAUCAGUAUUCGUCAGCUCCAGCUCAUGCUGCUGAAGAUUGCCCUGCUCGUAGCUGUGGAGUUCCAUGUCAAUGUGGAGUUUGUCAAACUGCUGGAACCUCCAGAGAACCAGGAGAAUGACGGGCCUGGCUGGAGAGCUGAGAUCAGGCCUGCCGAUCACCCCGUGGCAAACAUUGACUUUGACGUGGUGGUGGGGGCUGAUGGGAGGAGAAAUACCCUGGAAGGGUUCAAGCGGAAGGAGUUCCGUGGUAAGCUGGCUAUCGCCAUCACGGCCAACUUUGUCAACAGGAACACCACGGCCGAGGCCAAAGUGGAGGAGAUCAGCGGUGUGGCCUUCAUCUUUAACCAGAAGUUCUUCCUGGACCUCAAAGAGGAGACAGGUAUUGACCUGGAGAACAUUGUGUACUACAAGGACAACACACACUACUUUGUCAUGACAGCAAAGAAGCAGAGCCUACUGGACAAGGGUGUCAUCAUUCAUGACUACAUAGACACAGAGAUGCUGCUGAGCAGUGAGAAUGUGAACCAGGAAGCUCUGCUGGGUUACGCCCGCGAAGCUGCUGACUUUGGCACCAACUACCAGCUUCCCACGCUGGACUUUGCCAUAAAUGCCUGUGGCCAGCCGGACGUGGCCAUGUUUGACUUCACCAGCAUGUAUGCCUCGGAGAACGCAGCGCUGGUCAGAGAACGCUUCGGACAUCAGCUACUGGUGGCACUGGUUGGGGACAGCUUGUUAGAGCCGUUCUGGCCAAUGGGUACAGGGUGUGCGAGAGGCUUCCUGGCUGCUUUUGACUCAGCCUGGAUGGUGAAAAGGUGGGCUGAGGGCAGGACCCCUCUGGAGGUGCUAGCUGAGAGGGAGAGUCUUUACAGAAUCCUGCCGCAGACAACCACUGAAAACAUUGGCAAAAACUUUGAGCAGUACACCAUUGACCCUGGGACUCGGUAUCCCAACCUCAUCUCCACCUGUGUCAGGCAAAACCAGGUGCGUCACCUGUACAUCAAUGGAGAGCUGCCAGUGAAGUCGUGCUCUCUGGAACGUAAUGGUACAAUACGUCACCCUGUGAACCUGGCCAGACGAGAGUCGGAGAUCAGGCCGGGCAGGCUGCUGACGUGGUGCCAGAAACAGACCGAGGGCUACAGGAACGUGAGCGUGACAGACCUGACCACCUCGUGGCAGAGCGGCCUGGCUCUCUGUGCCCUCAUCCACCGGUUCAGAUCCCACCUCAUAGAGUUUGAUUCGCUGAAUGAGGAGGAUUCGGCUAACAACCUCCAGCUGGCAUGUGACCUGGCUGAGCGGGAGUUUGGGAUCCGGCCCUUCACCACUGGGGUGGAGAUGGCUGCUGGUCAGGAACCAGACAAGACCAGAAUGGUCACCUACCUCUCCAAGUUCUACGAGCUGUUCCGUGGCACCCCCCUCCCCAUCUCAGAUUCUAGAGGGGCCGACGAAAACAGUGAAGACUAUCCUUCAAAGGCAGUCAGAAGUCUGAACAAAGUUCUGAACUUGGUACCAAGAAAAAGGGUACCAAAGGAUGAGAAGAAGCUAGAAGAUACUGACCCAACGUACAAAAGGAGACGAAAAGUCUGCAGUUAUUUGGAAGAGGCAACCAACUUCUCCAGUCAGAGUGCGUCCUGUGUGGGUGAGGGGAGGGGGGUUAAGGAGAACAAGGUCCGCUCCAUGGCCAGCCAACUCCUGUCCAAGUUUGAGGAGAGCAACCCCAGCUUCACCCUCCGGAGACAGUCUCCGUGUGAUUGGGGUUCUGAGAGGGCCCCUCGGCCACGCUCCAUGGACAUGACUGAGACCCCACGCUUCACCAACCUCAGGCAGCAGACCCCACUCAACCCUCCCCCCAAGACACAGUUUCCAUCUGCAACCUGUGCCAAAUAUGCAGCUGAGUGCAUCGCUCGGCCCCCACCACAGCCUCCUCCCAAACCCAAGCUCUCUCCCCAGCUCCAAGCCCAGCUUCAGUCUCAGCACCAGCCCCAACCCCAGUUCCAGCCCCAACCUAAGCUCCAACCCCCAUCCAUCCCAAAUCCCACCCUCAGGAAGGUCAGACAGGCUGAUCAGACAUGUGCUCAGAUGCAACCUCAGACGCUUCCUCAAAAGCCAGAGAGCACAGAGUACCCUGGCUACUCUCCCUCCUGCCACUCAGCAGUCCUAGCCAUGUCUAGAAUGCUCCAACGUCUUCAGGAAGUGGAGGAAAAGAUCACCCAGAAGAAAGCUCAGACCCAGAAUGCUAGAGAGUUUCAUAAUAAAAGUAUCAAGGAGAAAGCGGUCCACCUGAGAGCACUGUUCUCUGGGGAUGUGACCUCUACGUCCCAGCUUGAUUCUGAUAAACAGGCCAUUCCCUCCGAGUCUGAUCCCAUCCUCCCUAACCCCAGUCCAGAAGUCACCUCAUUAUACCUUUACCCAGAAAUCACCGUUUCUACCUUCUCACCUCCUCAUCCCUAUUCCUCAUUCUCAUCCUGUCUGACCCAACCUCAGUCUGGAUCUGCUAGACAGAGUCAGACCAUUCCCUCACCUCACAUCCUCCCCGCUCCCCAUCGUAAAAUCUCUUCAUCACUACUUUGUCCAGAAAUCACCCUUUCUACAUUUUCACCCCCUCAUACAUAUUCUCCAUCGUCCUCCUCUUCCUGUCUACUUCAACAUCAGCCUGGAUCUGCUGAACAGACCAUUCCCUCUCCUCCCAUCCUCUCUGCUCCCACUCCUAAAGUCACUUCCCUCCUCUGUCCAGAAAUCACCCUUUCUACCUUCUCACUCCCUCAAAGCGUGUCUUCACCCUCAUCCAUUCUACUCCAACUCCAGACCAGUCAAUCUGGGGCACUAGAUAUGCAGCUUUGUAAGAAAGAAAUGCAAAGAGAUCCCUUGAAUGAGUCACAUGUGUGUCACAGCAGUGGCUCCACAUAUAUAUCCCAACAACAACGCACUGCAAUACUACAACCAAAGCCAGAACCUGGUUUUAAUAACGUCAAACAGAGGACGGUGGGGAAGGUGUCUCUGGCUAUAGCAGCCAGGGCUGAGACACUGGUCACCCUCUAUGAGACUGACCACAGGCCUAAAGCCUCCUCCCCCUGUUCACCCCCAGCCUCUGCGCCUCUGUCUCCGGGUUCCUUGCGGAGGGAGUUCCCCGGGUCUGGUGACCAGUGUCACUCCUGUCAGAAGCGUGUGUACGUGGUGGAAAGGAUCAGUGCUGAGGGACUUUAUUUCCACAGGGAGUGCUUUCGUUGUGACACCUGUGGCUCCAUCCUGCGCCAGGGAGGCCAUGCCUUCGACUCUGAGCAGGGCAAGUUGUACUGCAAGCUGCACUUCACACAACGUAAAAAUGGAAUGAACCAUCGGAGGACAUUCAAUUCACAUCUGGGAGCCGGGGUUCAGGAGGGAUCAGGGACACAGACUCCUGACUGUGACACAACAGAAGAACGGCAGAGUCAGUCACCAGUCUAUUUUCAACUUUCUGAUGAUGGGCCUCCUGAUUGGUUAGGAGACAUGCCAUUCUGAAGGUGAUCACCUGCAUGGUCACAUGGUCUUGUGAACAAUGUUUUGGAGUGGAUGCUUUGUUAGAUUAGUCCAAUUACUGUCAGCAUUUCCACACACAAGUAAAAAAUGCUUCUAACCCCUGUGUUUGAGCUACCGACAGCCGUUUUUAGCAUAGGAUUUUUCUAUUUCGUCUGCAUCCGCUGAUAUUAGAUCCCAAAAACGAUUAUUCUCACAAAAAUGUCUAAUCUACAAACUAUUAUGACCGUACUCUGAAAGGCUGAGAUUCUCACAAACACGUAAAUGUAAUCUGGUCUGCUCUAUGACGCUCAUAAGCCAAUCAAGAGUUGUUAGGAGGUAAGAGGUUCUUCUUAGUAGAUCAUAGGAAAUCUCAGGACAUAGUGUCUAUAAACUCACAUAGUUGCUGUCACAAACUCCAUACUCCACACAGUUGUCACUGACUAGUUGGAUAUUAAUUUCCCACUAAGCAAACCAUUUUUUAAUUUACAAUUGUAAUUAUUAUAUACUCAUUUUUAAUCAGCUUUUUUCGGGGCUGGACCUUGUUUUUUUAUAGACAUUGGUCAAUAAAACUCAUGAAUGCAACUGUUUAUGUCAAAUGUUAUGUUCUACUUGUAGCCCUGGUUGUCCUGAAAAUAAAAUGGUAAAACACAUCAAUGUGAGGCUAAAUAUGUGGGAUUCCCUGGAACCUAUGAAGUUAUUAAACUACUAAUGUCUGUGUCCUGCACCCCCAGCAGAACCAUAACUACAGCACACACUUGUUAUAGGUUGAAACACAUCAUAAUACCAUGAUGUUCAAAGUCACACCUUCAAAGAGACUUUCUUUUCAGUGUCUGCAUGACAAGGAAACUGUGGUGUUUGGACUGCAUUGGUCUUCCCAAGUGCAUGUUGAACCAUUGACAGACAGCUUUCUGUCACGUAAAGGCAUGCCACUUUUUCUCCCAUCUUCUGCCAUCUUUCUUUCUCUCUUCCAGACGCUGUCACCCAGGAUAACUUUUUCUUGACCCACACAAACAAAGGGAAUGAAUCUCCCAACAGGUUCAUAGCUCAUGUUGUCUUAAAUGAAUACAUUGAACAAUGUUUUAUGGGACUUCAAAUGCAGCCUGCUUUUCUCAUGGAGAUUCUGUGUUGCUUUAUGUCUGACCUAAAGCAACAAAUGUAAAUAAAGUGAUUUGUCAUCUUGA